AGAAAAAGAAAAAGAAAAGGAAGCGCGCUCCACUGAAACUUUCCGUACAUGCUAGGUUAUAAGCAUCAGCAUCAAUGAAAACCAGAGCUAGAACACGAAAGGUUCUUGCUGCUGAUAAUGGCGAUAAUCAAGUGGGUGUUGUGAAGCAAGAUACAGAAGUAAGCCCAAGAUGUAGAAUUGAGCUUGUCUAUAGUCGUCGAGGAAAGAAAAGUGAGCCCGUAAUAGAUGUGACAGGAAGUGUUACCAACUCAUUGCCCUGUUAUUUGAGUGACAUGUCUCGGAAGGUGCAAUCAAAGAGGAAGAGAAAAUCCGAUGAUGAGGAAGAACUCUGUAAACCCAGAGAAAAGCUAGACAGUGGAUUGUUCGGUGAAUACUUGGAGAAAAUAUGGAGGAGUUUCUCGGAAGAGAAGAGAAGGCGCUGCACAUACUUUGACAGCUUAUGGUUUAGUCUAUACAGGAGGGCCUCAUGUAAAGAGAAGGUGCUGACUUGGAUAAAAAAGGCGCAUAUUUUCUCAAAGGCAUAUGUUUUUGUUCCAAUAGUUUGCUGGGGUCAUUGGAGCCUUUUGAUCUUCUGCCAUUUUGGUGAGAGCGCGCAAACAAAUACCAGAUCACGUUGCAUGUUGUUGCUAGAUUCUCUUGCAAUGGCGAAUCCAAGGCGACUUGAACCGGAGAUAAGAAGAUUUGUUCUAGAUAUUUAUCAAGCAGCGGACAGGCCCGAAACUAAGAAAAUCGUAUCUCGAAUUCCGUUGUUGAUUCCUAAGGUGCCGCAACAAAAAGACGGUAAUGAAUGUGGAAACUUUGUCCUCUAUUUCAUUAAACUGUUUCUUAGUCACGCUCCGGAUGAUUUUAGCACGGAAGGGUAUCCUUACUUUAUGAAAAAAGAUUGGUUUAACCACGAAGACUUGGGUAGGUUUCUUGAGAGACUUGAUUCAAUGGGUUAAACUGUUUGUAACAUACCAAUAUGUGUAGUUCAACUUUGUCGGAUUUUAUUUUCUGCUGGAACUGAUACUCAAGUACUCUUACGGAUAUUUAUGAAGUUAAUAAAGUUGCAUGUUAGUAGGAACA